CACACAGACACACAGAGAGUUUUACUUAGGUCCUAGCAAAUUUAUGUGCAGAGAAUUGUAAGGCUCCUUAGUCCUCCAGAGUUGUUCCUGAGAAAGUAGGGCACUGGAUUAGAACUCAGGAGGCCUUCCUUCCUUUCCAGCCGCUACUCUUUUGCUGUACUGGGUAAUGAAAAACCAAGUUUCUGCCUAGUUUUAAGCCAUCAGACAGACACUAUGGAAUAUCGCUCCUUUUUCAUGGGGAGGGACAUGGUUUCAAUAAUGAAUUAGACUUUGGAGUGCAGCAUAGCUUAAGGGGGUGAUUAAUUGACGUAAACUAGCACACUCUGGUUGCUAUGACUUGUCAAAGAACCCUAAAUAAUUAUGGCUUAAUUUGAAGGUUCCACUUAUGUCAUCAGUUGAUCAAUUCCAGAGAGCAGGAGUUUAAAUGGACUUAGAUUAAAUUCCAGACAUGGAUGUUUGGCUUGCUCACACUCUGACCAGAGCACAGAAGGUCUGCUUUCAGGAGAACAAAAAUAACAUGCGAGUUUUGCUUAGACUGUACUGCGGUUAAGAACACCCUCUAAUCCUCUGUCAGGUUACUUUUGAGCACUACCAUAAAACACCCAGAACUAACUGUGUUGAGUCCAAGUCACAUGUAACAUUUUUAAGCCAUGGGGUCAUUCUUGCAAGUGGUCCCAUGCCUCGAUGAUAACAAUGGGGAAGAUGCAAUCCACGUGCAUGGGGAUCCAGACAGCGGCUCAAUUCAUGAGCAUGAUCCUCUUGACCGGAAAGCGUCAUAACAUGACGCAGGGCUGACACCUGUGCUGCCUCCAUGUUCUCAGAGCAGUUUGGUGCACACAUUUCAGCCUGAAGCCAUCUGGGCUGUGUUACUGAGCUUCCAUUGUGCUUCUUGACUUGGGAUGAAGUGAAUGGCUACAUUGUGAUGUCCAGGUUCUCAGCUGUUGUGUUGUUCAGGCCAAGGGGGAUCAGUGUCUGCCAGAUUGGGGGGGGGGGUUCAGUGCUCUUGGAGGAGUUGGGAAGUCCAGCAAAACCCUGCUGUGCUACAUUAAGGAGUGCUCCACUGAGUGUUCAGCAUGGACUUUGAACUUGGCACCAUGGACUUAAAUCCAGGCUGUUCCUCAAGCAACAACAUAGGAACCUGUCUCUAAUAAUAUGGGUCUUUAUUAUCAGCUCAGUAUGUUUGUGGUGUGCCUGCAUUUCCUGUGGUAUUGUGGGAAGCCUGGCAUGAGGGCCCAUGAGAACAUAAGCAUAGUAGUCUUAGCAUAGGGGCUACCGGUAGUGAUAUUCUGAGGGUACUCCAUCAUGUGAAGCUUAAGGAGGAACUGGCUCAGAGUCUGUGGGUCACAUGAGGCUUCUUCUCACUCUAGCCAUGCUCAGAAUCACUGGAGAAGGCAGGCAGGGUCACUCAGGUUCCGUUUUGAUCUCUGGCCCUGGCAGCACUCAGUGUUUACAAAGAUCCAGAUGCGAGAUGGAGUAACCGGGGAAUGGUCUGGCCAUAGGAAAGACAUGCAGAAGGAGUCCCAUCUUCUGCCUGGCCUGUAGAGGGGGGAAAACAGGGUUACAUUGGGGAGAAAAAACUUGUUCUAAAACUCCAAGGUCUGCCUACCAAGGGUGCAGAAUUAACCUUGGAGCACAAGGGCUUAGUACCCUCCCUUCAUAUCAGCAGCACACGCCAUUCUACAUUCCUGUGCCCUGUAGCAAUGUCUGCUUGGGUUCCUGGCCCUGUUCCCAUUGUGCAGUGGUGAGUCUGUUGCUUGGAAAGAGCUGGGGCUUGCAAGCCAGGAUAUCUUGGUUUUGUUUUUAGAAGAGGAAUACGUAGGGGAGGCAGCGCUGCCCAAGCUUCAGAGCAAGGAAGUAGUGAAAGAUUAGAAAUUGCUAUCUGAACAUUUGCCCCUCCCCCUCCAAUUCUGGUACUGUAUAUGAAAGCUAUAGACAGCCUCUUUGAUCUAGUGUCCUCAAAAAGGAAGGCUAGAGAAGGAUUCUUUUGUGUGCCAGCUGGCUGGCUUGUCUCAGCCUUUGGGCAUUCUUAGAGCUAUUGUGUGGAAGAUAGCUGCUUUCCUUUUAUAGCUGUUGUGCUGGUCCCAGAGGGGAAAGUCCUAGAGUAGAAUAAAUCUGGGAGCAAUUGUUUUUUUAUAGAAUCAUAGAAUUGUAGAGUUGGGAGGGGUCCUAAGGGUCGUCUAUUCUUAAGGCUGUUUUUAUAUAGAGACUGUGGGUCCUGUUGUUGACUCGAGAGUUGAUACAUGAAAUAUUUUCCCCCACAAAUCUGUGCCAAAGAUUAUUCCCCCCCCCCAUAGCUUUCCUGUAAUACAUUAAUUUGGUUGAGAGGACUACAAUCCAUACACAUUUAUACCAAGCCUCUGCUGAAUUCAGUGCAAAAUCCAUAAAGCAGUCUUUUGGGAAAUGGGUGCGAGAUGUUGGGGAGAUUGUUCAUUUGAUUUCACAGGCACCUGUGUUCCAGGCAUGUGGUACAGAGCUGCUUGUUCUCAAUCCAAGGCAUAUGAAAUAGUAUGUAGGAUAGUGAUGAGUGUUGUGCCCUCUGUCCUUACAGUAGCCUAUAAUACUUGCCCCAGUCAUGCUACUACUCCAGUGCUGGCUAGAGAAGUCUCCUCCCCCUGGUGUUGACCUCUGCAUCGCUGGGCCUGCUGCACUGUGCUAGGCUGACUCUGUGAAGGAAGCGGGUGAAUCAGCAGCUCCAUUUCCUGCAUUGCGUCAGGAGGUGUCCAGAACAAGCACUGAGGCUCUCUGGGCUGUGACCUGGCCUGAUUCCAAACCACAGCUGAGUGAACUGGCUCUGCACACAUGCUCCAGGCUGCAAGAAGGCAGAGCUGCAAGUGUAGAUUCAGUGAGGCCCAUUGGUCAAGCCAAACUGCUAGGUUCAUUUCCACAUCUCCACAAGACAGUUGACUCCGUAGGAACUUUGUUAUAUACCUGCAUGUUCUGCCUCUCAGAGAAAGAACUCUCGGCUGGUUUUUGACUCUCAAAGCGACUUUUUCUUAGAGCUCCGUGCUUGCUUCACUUAUAGUCCACAAUGCAGAUUUUCUGGGCAAAUUAUCGCAGCGGCUUCUCUGGCUGCUACAGCCAAGACUGCCGUAACCUCACAACUAGACUACUGUACAUGUAAUGUUAAAUUAAAAUGUGUGUUUUAAUUAUGCUACUGUUACCUAAAGCAGCCACGUGGGUCCCUGAUCCUGAAUGUCCUUCUGGUCUAGAUCAGAAGGGCCAUCUUAAGCACAUCCGGCGCCGUGGCACAAAGAUCCCUCCAGUGCCCCCUCCCUUUCCCAGAAUUUAGAACUCGGGGCCCAACUUGUGGACCACCUCACAGCCCUGGGAGCUGCCGCCCACAGAAGCCGCCGCCAAUGUGGUGGCUGUGGCGCGGCUGGCCAGACCGCCGGAACCCCACGCUCGUUUGCGAGGCUCUGGGGUGCCUCCUCCUCCUCCUACCUGACAAUGACAGCCUGCUGCCCAGCGGCCCGAGGAGCAGCCAGAGAAGUCGCUGCAAUAAUUUGCCCAGAAAAUCUGCAUUGUGGACUAUAAGUGACGCAAGCACGGAGCUCUAAGAAAAAGUCGCUUUGACAGUGGCUCGGCAGGCGGCGGCUGAGGGGAUUCCCGCAGCCGAGGGAGAGGAGGCAGUGCCGGCAGAGGAGCCAUAGGGCUUAGUGGCUCGUUGCGACCCGCCACUAUCUAGUGGCGUGCAGGGAAAGGGGGCAAAGCCGUGCAGCUCCCUCACUCGCUGAGGCCGGCACCCUGGCGCAACGAGCCACUAGGCCCUAUGGGACGCCUCUGUAGAUCACUAGACACCUAUGUAGAUCAGGACGAUGCACCGAUUUCUUGCUGCAUCUCCUCCCACCGCUCCAGCUGCUAUUUGCCUGCACACUCUAUAAAUACCAGCUGGGAGGGGGGAAGACUUUUAGCAGGCACCUGGUGCAGCAGCCCCAGUCUGGAUUGGGAACACAUUAUGGAUCAGGAUACCAUACAGCUACUUUUCCUUUGAAGUUAUAGUGCCCAGUAUGAGUAAUGUAAAUUUGCAUUAUAGCUGCUCUGAUGCAAAAAUAACUACUUCUUUUGGCAUGUAUGAGUUUACAGCAGAUCUGGUCAGCUUUAUGCAGAUGGCACUAGUCUUUGCUACUGAGUGUCUUCUGUUAUCAAAAAAUGCCAAUUUCUUUCUCUAUCUUCAACCCAAAACCUUAGUAGUAGUAGUAGUAGUAGUUAUUAUUAUUAUUAUUAUUCAUUUAAUGUCAAUAUUCCUUUACAUUUUAAAGUAAAAAAAACCAAAGCAGUUUUCAACUCAUUAAAACAUCAAAUAAAACAGUCCAGAAUAAAACAAAUUCAAGCUUCAAGGAAAAUACAGUAUUUCAGAUCCUUCUCUAGGUGACAUUUUGCUUCCCCCAUGUUUAUUUACCUUCUUAAUUUAUAUGGCUGCCCCAUAGCAGGUAGGCUUUAGGAAGCCAAUGUGGUGUAGUCGUUCGAGUGUCAGAUGAGAACUGGGAGAUCAGGGUUCAAAUCCCCACUCAUUCAUGAAACUCACUGCGUGACCUUGGGCCAGUCACAACCUCCUAGCCAACCUGACAGGGUCAUUGCAGGGAUUAAUUGAGGAGGGGAGUAAACUAUGUACUCUUGGGGGGGAAAGGUGGGAUAUAAAUCCAAUAAAUAAGCAAAACGUGCCUGGCGCCUGGGGAAUUUUUUUACUUCACCCUGUUUUUCUGAUUGAAAAUUAUUUUAACCAAUUUUUAUAUUGUGGGCAGUAUGCAACUUACGUUCUAAGCAGAGUAGACCCAUUGAAAUUAAGGAACCUAAGUUAGUCAGGACAUUUUAUUUUAUUUAGAUUACGGUAGUAUCGUGUUUUUCCACUAGAUGCUAUUUGAAGCGCCUAACAGUAAACGUGCAAUUUUGAAAAGGGAUACACCACUGAUAGAAAAAACUCUUUUUUCCCCUAUUCCUUCAUGCUGAGCUUUUUUAAAAAAUCAGCAGGGGGGGGACAGGGACUAAAAUGGGCUCUUGCAAAUUCUGAGCUAGGUACCAUCGCACUGAAGGUUGAAAUUGGGAAGCUGAAAGCUUCAAAUAACAAAAAGGCACAUGUGCAGUUAAUGUAACUUGAGAAAGGGAGUUAAAAAUGGGAAUAUGCUUUCUAGUCCAUUGUUGCUAAAAUGAGGCAGCAUGAAAAGGCUACAAAUAAUCAGGGCACAAAAUGCCCCAUUUAAAAAAAAUUAAAAAUGACAAAGGGAGGAUUGUGCUGGAUCCUGGGAGAGAAGGAAUACUUCAGAGAAAGUACUCCUUUUUCCUUUCUUUUUUUGUAAUGUCAAGGGCAAAAGCCUCUGUAGUGCAUAGCUCUGACAACGGGAUCUGUGCAGCUCCUGCAAAACUGUUCCGCUCAGUGUAAGGAUCCAACUGCUGUAGAUCCUGUAGCAGUGUAUUUGUCUUGUCUUAUGCUAAUUAAGGAGAGAGAGAGAGAGAGAGAGAGAGAGAGAGAGAGAGAGAGAGAGAGAGAGAGAGAGAGAGAUGCUUUUCUGCCAUUGGUCACUGGUGUGUGGAUGGUUGGAUGGCUGAUAGAAAGACUACCGCAUUUCUCUUCACUUCUGCUUUCUGCCACACAGGGGACCUAUAUUUUCAAGUCUGUGCUGGACACAGAUCCAAAUAACUACCUAGAUUUUAUAUUUCCAAAAUAAGGAGGAAUUGCCAGUGGUUGAUCAGUUGGCUGGUUGUCCUAAUAAGCCUGUGGUGCAUCCUCAAAUUCUUUUGCACCCAGCUGAGUCUAAUAAAGUCUGCCCACCCCCAUUCUGCAUUAAGGCUUACAAACUGUGAACUUUUGGGCUUCAAAAUCAUGCAUAGCUUUCCCUCCUUCCCUCCUCCCUCCCUCCCUCCCUCCUCUGCCCUGCAUUUUGAACAUCCAGCCAGAGGCAGAGUUCUGGACGACUUGAAAGCUUACUCACUGUUUCGUGGUAUUUUACCUAAUAAAAAUAUCGCACUACUGCAGUUCUGGGGGUUUUCUGCCCCUCUAGAAAGUUCACUCAGAAGGGAAAGCAAGUGGCAAAGCAGCAGGGGAACAUGUAGGCCCCACUAUUGCUCCCUUCAGCCGUGGCCUGUGUUCCGGUGUUGCCAGCGAAUACAGGAACUCUGCUAGGAAGUGGUUUGUUUGCUCAUAGGCUGGAAGAGCCGUUUGAAUCAACAGGCAGGAAAUGAGGGUGUAGCCAGCACACAGUUCGAAGCAGACGGGCGGCCUGGUGUGCCUCUCCUGGGGCCGGGAUGUCUCUUUCGGAGCUGGACACAAACUCUGAGCAUGACCAAGAGAGUGAUCUAGGCAACUGGUCAGUGCUGGAGCAGCUAGGGCUGGACCAGAGCUCAGAUUUCUCAGACACCAGUGUACAGCAGAAGCUGGAUGAAGAAAAGGAGAAGAUUAAGCGUGAGAUUCGAAAAGAGCUGAAGAUAAAGGAGGGAGCAGAAAACUUGCGCAAGGCAACCACAGACCGUAAGAACCUUUCCAAUGUGGACAACUUGCUCAAGAGUUCCAACCGCAAGCUGGAGGCCCUGCACCACCAACUGCAGGAUCUCAAUGCACAUAUUGUCGUCAAAGACCCUGAAGAGCUGGGGGAUGCCCCACAAUCACCAGGCAGCCUGAGCCGAUCAACAGCUACCAAGAACCGCAUUGCUGGCCUGGAGAAGCAGCUCAAUAUUGAGCUGAAGGUGAAGCAGGGAGCAGAGAACAUGAUACAGAUGUAUGCCAACGGUGCUGCUAAGGAUCGGAAGCUGCUGCAGACAGCCCAGCAGAUGCUACAGGACAGCAAGACCAAGAUCAAUAUAAUCCGCAUGCAGAUCCGCAAGGCUAUGCAGGCUGACGAGGUGCAGCUGAAUAUGGAAGAUGGGCAAGGUAACACUGACCUGAGCAACAUCGAGUUGAGGAUCGAAGAGUUGCGGCACCACUUCCGGGUGGAGCACGCUGUUUCUGAGGGGGCCAAGAAUGUGCUGCGCCUUCUGGGCUCCACCAAAGUUCAGGACCGCCAUGCCAUCUCCGAGGCACAGACCAAGCUGAACGAGUCGAGCCAGAAGCUGGACCUUUUGCGGCACUCCCUGGAGCAGCGUCUAGCUGAGCUGCCUCAAGAUCACCCAAAGGGCUGCCUCAUCAAGGAAGAGCUCAUCCUGGCAUCCUCCCCGGCCUUCAGUGCCCGUAAUACCACUUCCUACCAGCACAACCAAUACAACACCCUCUCAAAGCCAUCUCCACUCACAGGGACGCUGGAAGUGCAGUUGUUGGGCUGCAGCGAGCUGUUGGAAUAUGUCCCAGGACGGACCCGUGGCUCCACUGUCUCCCUGCCAUGCAACAGCCCUGGUGAAGCGCGGCCAUCUUUCAUGAGCCGCAGCGGGCGAGGCCUGUACAGCCGAAGUGGCAGCGUAAGCGGCAGGACCACCAUCAAAUCAGAAGAUAAUAGCAAUGAGGUGAGUGCUGUGCUGAAGCUGGAUAACAUAGUUGUCGGCCAGACGGCCUGGAAACCCAGCGGCCUACAAGCCUGGAACCAGACUUUUGCAGUGGAGCUGGAGAGGGCACGAGAGCUCGAGAUUGGUGUGUACUGGCGUGACUACCGCAGUCUCUGUGCCCUGAAAUACCUGAAGCUGGAAGAUUUCCUUGACAACCAGCGCCAUGAAAUCCACCUGGAGUUGGAGCCACAGGGCAUUCUCUUGGCAGAGGUUACCUUUUUCAACCCUGUCAUCGAGCGCAUACCCAAGCUCCAGCGGCAAAAGAAGAUCUUCUCCAAGCAGCAAGGGAAAGCUUUCCUGCGUGCCCGCCAGAUGAACAUUGACAUUGCCACUUGGGUGCGACUCCUGCGGCGCAUCAUCCCCACGGCCAACACCACAGGCACUUACAGCCCUUCGACGCAGAUGACCCCAACAUCUGGCUCUGAAAGCAGGCACAGCCUCAACUCUGGGGACAUUGCCAUUGAGAAGCUGAGCUUGGAUGGGGACAGAAUUCAAAUCGAGCAGGUGGGCCAGGAUGACAGUGAGCUUCCUGGGAAGGUCUUGUUGACCUCACAAGUUGGGGAGGAGAUUCCCUUCCAGGUGGAGCUGGGCCCAGGAGGGGAGGCAAAAGGAUCUGAUGGUACUUUUUACAGCAGCCACCUGAGAAAAAUGCCUCUUGCAUUGGAUGACUUCCGAUUUGUCGCUGUGCUGGGGCGUGGCCACUUUGGCAAAGUGCUGCUGUCGGAAUUACACCGCACAGGGGAGCUAUUUGCUAUUAAAGCCUUGAAGAAGGGUGACAUCGUUGCAAGGGAUGAGGUGGAGAGCCUGAUGUGCGAGAAGAGAAUCUUUGAGAUCGUGACCCAUGCGCGACACCCCUUCCUAGUGAACCUCUUCGCCUGCUUCCAGACACCCCAGCAUGUCUGCUUUGUCAUGGAGUACACAGCAGGCGGAGACCUCAUGAUGCACAUCCACACGGAUGUAUUCACAGAGCCACGUGCCACGUUUUAUGCUGCUUGCGUUGUGCUGGGGUUGCAAUUUCUUCACGACCACAAAAUUGUAUACAGGGAUCUGAAGCUGGAUAACUUACUGCUGGACACAGAGGGUUUUGUGAAGAUUGCAGACUUCGGCCUCUGCAAAGAAGGAAUGGGCUAUGCUGACCGCACCAGCACCUUCUGCGGGACUCCAGAGUUCUUGGCUCCUGAGGUGCUGACAGACACAUCAUACACAAGAGCCGUUGACUGGUGGGGCUUGGGGGUGCUUAUCUACGAGAUGCUUGUAGGGGAGUCCCCAUUCCCUGGAGAUGACGAAGAGGAAGUAUUUGACAGCAUCGUCAAUGACGAGGUGCGCUACCCCCGUUUCCUGUCCACGGAGGCCAUCGGCAUCAUGCGCCGGCUGUUGCGGCGAAACCCAGAACGUCGCUUGGGCUCUAGUGAGCGAGAUGCUGAGGACGUGAAGAAGCAGCCAUUCUUCAGGAGCAUCGACUGGGAAGCCCUGCUGGCCCGCAAGAUCAAGCCACCGUUUGUGCCAGUAGUCAAGGGCCGCGAAGACAUCAGCAACUUUGACGAGGAGUUCACAGCCGAAGCAGCUAUCCUGACGCCGCCCCGCGAAUCACGGCCCCUCACCCAAAAAGAGCAGGAUGCCUUCAAGGACUUUGACUAUGUUUCCAAUGCCUGCUAGCUCUAGGAGUUGGGGGGCAAGGAGAUUCCCACCCCCAAAGGAAAAAAAAACACCACCACUGCCAGCCCUGUAUGGGGCAGGGCUCUGCUCCACCAGUGACUCGAGACGCUUGCUAGCCCUGCUGUUAGCUCUGCGAGUGGAGCUGGGACAGCCCAGCAGCACUGCCAACUUCAUGGGUGUAGAGUUAAUGUUCACCGACAUAUGCCAGCUCUGAGCCUAGACCGUGAAAGCCCCAGAAGUACUUCUGCACCCUUCAGGACACAGUAUCAUUCAUGCAGACACUUGGACACUGGCUAGCUCUAGGGGAGGGGCAGAGAAAGAGAUAGAAAGAAAGACGGCCAAGUCCAAUAGAACAGACGCUGUUGGCCCCGAGACUUGGGCAGAGGAGUCUCUGCGAUAGCAUGUGCUUAUCCACUGAUUCCCAAACUGCCUGCAAAAAUGAGCAAAUAGGCUUUCCCACAAAUAGAAAUCCGUAGGUGUUGGAGCCACAGAAGCCAAAAGGCAUUUCCCCGAACUAACUAAUGCCUAUGAUUUUUUCCCUUCCUUCCUUAAAAAAAAAAAAAAAAUCUCCCAAAGAUAUGGCUUGCCCUUCUGGAGUUUUUGAGGAAACCCAAU